AAAUAUUACUCCUAUAUAUCUCUGUGCCUCAUCAAUUAUUCUUUUCUUACAUAAAAUUCCUACACGCAUUUACGUUGACUUUUUCUUUUGAGACAUUAUUAUGCCGCGUUGGUGUUUGAUUAUUGUCUAAAAAAAUUAAAAUUUCUGCUUUGCUUAUAUAACAAAACAACAAUCUCUUGAUUCCUCUGAGGUGAAAAUGAAUUAUUCUCAUCUCGUCUUUGUUUUUACCAUCAUUCUUGCGUAUUCCUCUGUUUCAAUUCUUGCACAACAGCCUUACUUUGGAGCAGGAACAAAUGACUGCAACGCCCAAGAUACCUCCACUUCUGCUUUUGGGUAUUUAUGCAAUGGCGCUAACCGUACUUGCCAAUCCUAUUUGACCUUCAGAUCUCAACCCCCUUUCAACACCGUGCCCUCAAUCUCAUCUCUAUUGGGUGCUAACCCUUCACAGCUCUCUCAGCUCAAUUCAGUUUCUCAAAAUGCUACUUUUAACACCAACCAAAUGGUUCUUGUUCCUGUCACUUGUUCUUGUUCAGGUCAGUUUUAUCAAUCAAAUGCAUCUUAUGUUAUCAGAAGGGGUGAUACUUUCUUGAAUAUUGCAAUUAAUACCUUACAAGGAUUGUCAACUUGUCAUGCUAUCAACGCGGAGAACAGUGAACAAGCUAAUAAUCUGGUUGUUGGUUCAAGAAUUAAUGUUCCUCUGCGAUGUGCUUGUCCUACGCAAAACCAAACUGAUAAUGGUACAAAUUAUCUCCUUACUUAUUUGAUUGCUUCUGGGGAAUUUGUUUCCUUCAUUAGUGAUAAAUUUGGGCUGGAUUUUAGGGCAACUCUUGCUGCUAAUAGUAUACCAGAAGAUGCUCCUACUGUCUUACCAAAUACUACUCUAUUAGUUCCUUUAUCGACCCCACCUUUGAGUUCCCAAGUUGCUGGACCAUCUCCACCACCGCCUCCUGCGACAACAUCAACACCACCACCUGCUGUCCCUGUAUCGGAGAGUAGCUCGAAGAAAACUUGGAUAUAUGUUGUGGCUGGUGUUGUUGGAGGACUUGUUGCUUUGUGUAUUCUGGGGGUUGUUGUUUUCUUUUUGUUUUUCAGGAAAAAGGAAAAGAAAGCUGAUCCACAGUUUGUUUCUGAAAGCUUUGAAGCUGUUGAGAAACCGUCGAAUAAGAAAGUUGAAGAAGAAUCAGAGGAGUUUUUGGAAAGUUUAUCCAGCAUAGCUCAAUCUGUUAAGGUUUACAAGUUUGAAGAGGUUAAAGCAGCCACAGAAAAUUUCAGUCCUACAUGUUUGAUUAAGGGAUCUGUUUAUCGGGGCACGAUCAAUGGGGAUUUUGCUGCUAUAAAGAAAAUGAGUGGUGAUGUAUCAAAGGAAAUUAAUUUGUUGAGCAAAAUCAAUCAUUUUAAUCUCAUUAGUCUAUCGGGAAUUUGUUUUCAUGAUGGUCACUGGUAUCUUGUAUAUGAAUAUGCUGCCAAUGGACCAUUAAGCGAUUGGAUAUGUCACCAUAAUGGUGAUCAGAAGUCACUAAGUUGGGCUCAAAGAGUACAAAUUUCUUUUGAUGUGGCCACAGGGCUUAACUAUCUUCAUAGCUACACAUCCCCUCCUCAUGUUCACAAGGAUUUAAACGGUGAUAAUAUUCUUCUUGAUGGUGAUUUAAGAGCCAAGAUUGCUAACUUUGGUCUAGCAAGGUCAGCGGAUGGACAAGAAGGUGAGUUUGCGUUGACAAGGCAUAUAGUUGGGACCCAAGGUUACAUGGCACCUGAGUAUUUGGAGAAUGGGCUAGUCUCUCCAAAGCUGGAUGUCUAUGCAUUGGGAGUUCUGUUGCUGGAGAUUCUCACUGGGAAAGAAGUUUCUGCUCUAUAUGAAGGCUCAAAUACAAACUUGUCUGAGGUGUUGAUCCCGGUGCUUCAUGAUGAGGAUGCAAAGGAGAAUUUGAGCAACUUCAUUGACCCUUCUCUGCAAGGGAAGUACCCUGCAGAACUUGCCUUUGCCAUGGUCAGAUUGAUCGAUAACUGCAUAAUGAAAGAUCCUUCGCAUCGCCCUAGUACGGAUGAGAUUGUGCAAUCUGUUUCAAGAAUUAUGACAGCCACACACUCAUGGGAAAUGUCAUUUAGAACUUCAGUGUCACCACAUAGAUUGCCCUAGAUCAAUGAUUGUAAGGUUUUCUUUUUGUGUUUUUUCUUUUUGGUUUUUCCUUCUUCCACGUCUAGCAUGAUUUGUUAUGUGCAUAAUGUUAUAACCUUGUUUAUGAAUUUCGAAGAGCUAUGACACCAUUUAUCCUACAUAAAAAUCAGUUAAAUAUUUCAAUCAA